AUGGGCGAGCCGCAAGCUUCCCUCCUCCUAAAGAAGCAGUUAGCUGAACUGAGGCGAUUACCUGUGGAAGGCUUUUCUGCCGGACUUGUAAAUGAUGACGACAUUUAUAAGUGGGAAGUUCUCGUUAUUGGUCCUCCAGACACAUUGUACGAAGGUGGGUUCUUCAAAGCCAUCCUAGAUUUUCCUAAGGAUUAUCCACAGAAGCCUCCAAAAAUGAAGUUUGUAUCGGAAAUUUGGCAUCCGAAUAUCGAUAAAGAUGGCCAUGUAUGCAUCUCCAUUUUACACGAUCCAGGAGACGAUAAAUGGGGUUAUGAGCGACCAGAAGAACGUUGGCUCCCUGUGCACACAGUAGAGACGAUACUGUUGUCUGUAAUCUCUAUGCUUGCAGAUCCGAACUUUGAAUCGCCUGCAAAUGUAGACGCUGCGAAAAUGCAAAGGGAAAACUAUGCCGAAUUCAAGAAACGAGUCGCUGCAUGCGUGCGCAAAAGCCAAGAGGAGUGA